AUGCUUGGCACAAAGGCAACAAAUAAACACAAUACAUACGGUGUAUGUAUAGCUUGUGAUGAUGCUCUUGGCCGUGAGGAAGCUCUAAAAUCAUCAUUAACCAAUAAAAAAAAUACAACUGAUAAUAAAGAAGAACUUACUUCUCAAAUUGUAAAAAGGCACCAAAACACAGACAUGUCUGCUACUUUAGAAUUCUUUGAAUUUUUAAACCCAAAACUUACUCUUCCUAGUCAGUAUGCUUUAUCUAAUCAUAUUCUUAAUACUGAAAAGACCACUUUGACCCAGUCCCGUGAACAAAAACUAAAAAAUAAUAAUAUCGGAGUUACUUUAGCAUUUGAUGAAUGGAAAAAUAUUUUAAAACAACACAUAUUCAGUUUCUUAUUUAUCUUAUCAACUGGAGAAUCUUUAAUUUGGAAAGCAAUCGACAUAAGCUCAGAGAGAGAAUGUAUGAUUAAAAUUAUUUCCAAAAUUGAAUCUAUGAUUAAUGAAGCAUCAGAUCUAGGUGCCAAAUUAUCUGCUAUCGUUUCUGAUAGUGCCCUAGCAUAUUCCAGUGCUAGACGUCGGUUAAGAUUACUAUAUCCAAAAAUCAUUUUUCUACCCUGCUUCACUUAUCAAUGUAAUCUUGCUGUAGGAGAAAUCUUCAAAGAAUCUAACGAAUUCAAAGCCACAUCCAAACAGAAUUUAGCUACUACACACAAAUCUUCUUUGGAUAGUUUAACUCAAAAUUCAGAUGAUGAAUUAGUAAAAUUGUUGCACUCAUUGCUUCUUCCUUAUUGCGAAGUCCUUAAUAAAUUACAAUCAGAUACUGCUCACCUUCAUGAAGUGCUACAAUCUUUUGGUGGAAUAUUAAAAAUGUGGGAAGAAUAUCCUGAUGAAAAUUUAGCAGAUCGUAUAAUCUUACAGCUAGAACAAAGUAUCCGUGAUACUUGGUUCAAAACUAAUACUGAUAAUUUAAACUUUACAUACCUUGUCCAAUUUAUUACUUAUUACUAUAAAGCAUGGUUUGAACGUCAACCAACCUGUAUUCUACUUGAGUUUGAAAAAUAUAGAAAAUAUGAAUACCCAUUUGAUCGUUCCACAUAUAAACAAUUUAAAGGAAAUGCAUUGGAAUUUUGGGAAUUUGCCUCCCCCUCGACUAAAGAAUUAGGACCUUUAGCUGCACAGCUAUUUGGGAUUUGUGUUAAUGCAGCAUCUGUAGAACAAUUAUGGAGUGAAUUGGAUGAAGAAAACAAUUCUGGAGAAGAUGCUGAAACUAAUAUAUCGGAUACAAUGGCAUGGGAAAGUCGAUUACAAGAGUGGGAGCAAAUAUUAAUUGAUGAAGAAACUGCUAUUAAUUAUACGCAUCCAGCAAUUGACCAUAGAGCAAAGUGGGAGUUGAGCAGUCUAUUUGGCCCGCUUUUUGAAAAACCAAGCUAUAUGAAUUCUGACAGUUAG